AAGCCACUAUGAUUGGGCGGGUUGUAUAAAUUAUUAGUUUGCAGUUAAUUUUUAACAAAAUAUAUUUAUGUUAUUUGGUAAGGUAAAUAGUAAUGAUUAAGACGCAGAUAUAAUUAUAUAUUAUGAAUCCAAUAUUUCAAAAUCAUCUCCAGUAAAAGAACAAAUUUUCUUUAAAAUCAUUCAUUGGAAAUGUGAAUGAACUUUUUAUGAAACCAACUGUCCGACAGAGCGACCGUCAACAUCAUCAAAUUUUGACCACGGGACGAAUUGUGUAGGGUGGGUUACAUUGAGUGUUUUAAAUUUAUUAUUUAUUUGAAAAUUAUUUGAUGAGUACUUUGAUAAUGAAUAAAACAUGUGGUCCUUGCGUUUGAAAUAUUGUGAUGAAAAAUAUUUAUUAUGGAGUGAAGUGGAUAGUGAAAUACAGCGACGGAUUAAAGAAUGUCAGCAGGUGGAAUGUGGAUCCAAAAGUGAUUUUAAGGGAUUUUAAGAAUGAGGUUUUCAAAAAUGGCUUUUAGUUUGUUGUAAAACGUUAUGAAAUGCACAUAUCGGAAAUACAGCAUCCCUCAACAACCAUCUUGACAAAAUGUACCAAAAUGUCAGAAGAGGGUCACAAAUUUGGAAUGAAUGGGAAUGCUGACAGAAAUAUUAAAGAGGAGUGCCACAAAACUAAUUAUGGACAAGGAGGACGUCUUAAAUUCUUUAAAGAUGGAAAAUUUAUUCUUGAAUUGGAAAGGGCAAGGGAAGGUGAAAGGGUGUCUUGGGUAUCUGUUCCCAGGAAAACCUUUUGGCCACCUCAAGGUACUGCCGCCUCAACCCCUGCUUAUCGACAGGAUAAUAGUACAUCUCUUAGUGUUUCAGAUGACAACAGUUCUAUUCAAUCAUCACCAUGGCAAAGGGAUCAUUCCUGGAAACAAGCCAAUCCCAGUAAAAACAUAUCAAAGGAACUUAAAUUUUAUUUCUGGAGACCGAAGCAUCAGAGAACAAUGAGACGCAGUAACAAGAGGAGGCAGCCCUUAUCAUUGACAGCAGAAACACAAUUGGAUGAUACUAAUAAAAAUAAAAGUGAAAGAACUUACGUGAAAGUUAAAAAAGAAACUACUAUGCGUUCACUUCUUUCUAUUAUUCAAUAUCUCACCGACAAGUGUUUUAGAACAAGUACUCCUCCUAGGGCUGAAACCGUUGUUUCACCAAGGAAACGUUUUCUUCGUGAAAUGGAAAAAGAUAAAGUUCCCGGCGAUGACAAUUCUCAAAAGAGAAGUCGCAGUAAAUCGCAAGCGAAUCAAUCGAUUUCCGGUGUUCCACAUGCAUCGCUUUCUGCUCCACUAAUUGGUAGUCCAGUUGUUUCAAAUGGCGUGGAGGAGACCAAACCUCUCCGAAAUUCAAGUUACAGCAUUACGUCAUUACUGGCAGAAGAUCGGAACGUAAAGAGAUCACCUACGUCAUCUCCUAGUCACUAUCCACUAGCCCAUCCACAAUAUUGUUCGCCGCCGCCGCCUUCUACUGAAGAACGAUGGUAUUCAGAAAGCGUUGAUAGAUUGCGUUCGAUGGAAUUAUCGCAAGUAGAAAAAUGUGGAUAUCCUAUUUACUCAUCUCAGUCAUAUCUGCACGGAUACAUGUAUCCAUUUUCUCCAGUACCACCCUAUUAUGGUACAGGCGUUUAUGGUAGAGGAUAUGUAGUGCCUUCCAUGUAUCAUCACAGUUCUCCUGCCAAUGUGCCCGUAAGGCACGAAACUCCCACUUGUUCUUGGGUUACUGUUGAGUCUAGGAGAGAUGGUGAUCAUCGAGAAGAAACUGUCACAGAUGUACCACUCAACCUUUCCAAAAAUUCUGGAUGAAGAAAAAACUAUGUGCCUUCCGAAAGAAAUACUUUAAUGUAAAAAAGAAGUAUAUAUUUUUUAAUGAAGUGGACUUUACGACAGGAAUUUCUCUAUGAAGCACAAAUAGUAGGGCGUUGACAAAAUAAUGUACAUACAGAAUGCUCGACUCAGUUCCUUGAGCUGAUUAUUAAACUCAUUAGCUUUUGAAGCUAGAGUAUGAUUAACGUAAUACUAAACGCUGAACGUUGCACGAGGUGGGUUAAGCUUAUACAUUUUUCGAAAAUGUAAUAACAUUUAAAAUCCCCUUAAAAAUAUUUCAUUUUUUUUUGUUUUAAAAAAUUGAAUCGAUUAUUAUAUAACAAUAAUGAUAUGAAAGUUAAAAAUAAAAUGUCUUGUAUUCUUUCACCUCUCGGACUUUCUUCAUAAAAUCUAGAUAACCCCUCGUGUUACGAUAGUUUCUUAGGACUAUUUUGUAAUAAAAGCGAUCCAUCAUUUUUAAGAAUUAAUUUUAUAAUAAAAACAGCAUAUACUGACUUUAACACUUA